AUGUCUGGAUUUGACUUGAGAGGUGCACAGCAGACCCCUGAAGAAUAUGUUGAUCAACUGAGAGUUAUUUUGGAACAUGAUUGUCUUGGAGCAAGAAAAAAAGAAUGUUUGUUUCCAAAAUGUUUUUUGAAUUGUGUUAUAUAAUUUUAUAAAUUUAGGGUUGAAAGGGUCAUUCCAUUUAUUACCCCCCCCCCCCCAUGGAUGGCUUUGUUCAAAAUUUUGCCUGUAGGAAUCAGCUGGCUUCCGAGAAGUACUCUGUUGGAAUCGACAGUGAAUAUCUAAACCCAAGGGAUAUGGAAUUUCCCCCCAAUAUUCUUUCCAUUUACUAUCUGCACCCCCCUGUACAGAUGAGCUUUUGUCAAAAUUUUACCGGUAGGAAUUGGAUAAUCUAUAGUUGGAAGUCCAGGGGGGAGGGGGUUACUAGAAAUUGCCCUGUAGGAAUCAGCCUUUCAACAUGUAACCUUGUGUGGGAAAUAUGGUUUUAAAGAAAAAGUGACCCUCUAGGAAUCAGCAUUAUGCAAAACACUUCCUGUAGGAAUCGGAUCAUCCAUAGGAGGGGGGGAGGGGUGGUAUUAAGUGGAAUGACCCGAACCCAGUUUAUUUACAAUUGACCCAUCGAGUGCCAGUGCCCUCCCCAUGAUGAGUAAAAUUGUCUAGCAUUACAGAGGCCCACCACAGGGUUAUGCCUGACAGACGACAUUCCUUAUAAAGAGGUGAUAGACUAUCUAAAAAAGAGUGCUCAGGCAUGUUAAUGCCUGGGUCUGCCCACGCUUGGAUAAUAUCUUGCGCGCGUGUUGCACACGCGAUCUGUCAGUAAUGCGUCUGUUAGAAUAUGCGCCUCUUGUGUGAGUAUUUUAGUGAAUUCUGGCAUUUGCUUCAAAUCAAAAUAUAGUAUAUAUGAGCGACAGGAUUAUUUUGGAAUAUACAAUGCAAAGAAGUCGGUAUGCGCUAUUCAGUUUUUUAUGUAAUAAUGGCUAUUUGUAUAGCAAUAAGUAUUGUAUCAUUUGCGACAGCUGACCUUUGAACUGCUGAUAAAUAAAAGCUCCUUAUAGUGCGCUAUCUUGCGAUUAUUCAGUAUUAAUUGUUGAUUGUUUCUUAUUUUCAAUGAAAAAUUGCUUGUGAACUAUAAAUUAAUUAUAGCACGUAUAGUUUAGUCGGUCUUUUCCACCAUGGCAUGCUUCCCUUCAAGCAUUAACUAUGCUUCAAGAUAUCGGCUUGAAUGCGCAAUGAAUGUUUUAAAAUGUUAUUGGAAAUAUAAUAUCCCUUACACUAAGCGGCAGACUGUUUCAUUAUAGCGCGUGAAAUUCAUCACGCGAAAAACGCGUUCGACUUGCAGCAGGGUAAUUUGACGAAAUUUUGCUAUUUUUAUUAGCUUAAAACAUUAACAAGGGAACAAAGUUUCCUGCGUUAAUUUGGAAAUCGUACAUUUAUUUGUAGAUAACAUUUAAUGACGCGAUUAACAUUCGUUUGAUGCCGAUCGUCGUAAUAUAGCCGCAUAAAAUAAUGAAACGAAGCCUAAAUGUAAACUUUCCAGAUUCAUUCAAUAAACAGUGAUAUUAUGUGUGAAUGAUUAUCGCAAUUCUGCGUCCUCUCAGUCACGAAUUAUACUGCUGCAGAGCGUCUGAAUAAAACGUAUCAAUUUUUGUGUUGUUUUUCGAAAUAUACAUCACGUGAUCGCUGCCAUGACAACGAAAAGUAGGUCAACUUUUAGAAUCUCCUUUGAUAAAUCAUAUAAAACUUGAAUGGUAAUAAUCAAGGCCAUACUUAUUUUUUUAUGAUUUUUUAUCUAUUUUCGCUAAAUACACAAACUGAGACCCAGGCAUUAACAUACCUGAGUGACAAACGACAGCUCCUGACUGGGAAAAAGCAACAAAUUGCGAUUUGUGUUAUGGGUCAAAAGUGACAGUGACAUUUAUUACAAUAAAACAAGCGACAAAACAGCUUCAAAAUGUGUGACAAGCGACCUGGGUUACACCCCUUGGUGGGCCUCAUUAGACAGAGUAUUAAAUCAAAUGAUAUUAAAGUAGGGUGCAAUGCAACUUAAUGGGUUAUUAACCAGACACAUGGCCAGAUAGUCUGAUUAACCCCCAGUGUGGAACAUUUGUGUCACACAACAGAGAUAUAUAUAUCCGGGUGCACAAUUUUGAUGCUUUCUAUAUAUUUACUAUUAAUUUUUUGAAAUUGCUGUGUAUAAAUGCAAAUAGUGUCAAGAAUAGUGUGCUGCUUUGUGUUGCUCAUCAGCAAUAAAUUAUAAUAUAAACAGUUUUAAUCGAGUCUUCUUAACUAUAUAAACUUAGAUCUAUUUAAUUUUAACCCAUUAAGUUGUAUUGCAAUGCACCUUACUGCACCCUUUAUUACCACUUUAUUAUUUUACUCUAAUUGUCUAAUGCCAGGGCCUUAAAUUACUUUUCAAGAGGAGAGUGCUGGUGCUCAAUGGGUUAGUGUUGAUGUCCUUUAUGUUACUCAAUUGUGCUUAUCCUUAUCUGACAGUCUACUUCAAUUUGUAGCUUGCCAUCAACUUGGUGAAUUUUAUCAAGCUGUAGAAAGAAAUAAUUCUAAAGCAAAAGAUAUCUUCAGGACAAAUUGUGAAGAACUAAAUUUCCAGCAAAGUUGUUUUUCACUUGGUAUUAUACAUCUAACAAAUAAAG